ACUGCACAUGAGAACGAGUACACGGAAAUGACGACGGACUGUUUAGUAAACAGUUUUCAGCAAAGCAAUAUCAGUAGUUAGCAAGCUAGUUUUAUCAAACCUGUCAGGACGUCGGAUUGAAGUUAACAAAAUCGCAACUAAAACAGCCCUUAAUUUAUACGAAAACCAGUUCAUUCAACCGACAAGAAGGCCCUACUAGCCAUAGUCUUGCUGAGGUGGAACUCAGUGGAUACCACGCGGGAAGAACGCGCGCACAGACACUUCCCCAUACGUCACCUAGCUAGCAAACUACUGUAUGUUAGCUAGUUAGUCAACGCUUCUAAAAAUAAAUUACUACAUACCGUUCAGUACAGAGUUUUCACAUGUUAACAAGCUAGCUAGUUUACAGUACCCGCCUCUAAAAUGGAAGAACACAAAGAGAAUAUCCAUGAUAAGGUGUGUAAUGUAAAGUUGCCAUCGAAUCCUGACGAAGAGGAAGAUAACAAGGUUAGCCUUAGUGCUAGGCUUUCUACUGUCACACUCACAGAAAAGCAGGACAAAUCUUGCGCUAAAGCAUGCCUUUCAAGUGAAUCUAUCCCUAAAACAGCUUCCAACAGCGGCGAGUUCAGUGAUCCUGUUUACAAAGAGAUAGCUCUUGCAAAUGGACAAAUCAACCGCAUGAACCAGGACGAGCUACGAUCCAAACUGUCAGCGUUGAAGCUUGAUACAAGAGGUGUAAAAGAUGUGCUGAGGAAGCGGUUGAAGAGCCACUAUAAGAAGUUGAAGCUGAUGCAGUCUGUCGCAGAGGGUGGAUCCACAGACACAUAUUAUGACUAUAUCUGCGUGGUUGACUUUGAGGCGACGUGUGAAGAGAGCAACCCCUUUGAGUUCACUCAUGAGAUCAUCGAGUUCCCCAUCGUUUUGAUCGACACUCACACACUUCAGAUUACGGACUCAUUUCAGGAAUAUGUCAAGCCCGAAGUCAACGCACAGCUUUCAGACUUCUGUGUGAAAUUGACAGGUAUAACACAGACUAUGGUGGAUGAGGCCGACACGUUCCCCGGUGUCUUGAAGAGAGUGGUGCAAUGGCUUCAGGAGAGAGAGCUUGGCACCAAGUACAAGUACGCCAUGCUGACAGACGGGUCUUGGGACAUGAGCAAAUUCCUCAACAUCCAGUGUCGUUUGAGUGGGAUAAGAUAUCCACAGUUUGCAAGGAAGUGGAUAAACAUCCGAAAGUCAUAUGGAAACUUUUAUAAGGUCCCUCGCACCCAGACCAAGCUGAGCGUCAUGCUGGAGAAACUAGGCCUGAAGUACGAGGGGCGCCCUCACUCUGGCCUGGACGAUUCCCGCAACAUCGCCCGGAUAGCUUUGCGCAUGCUGCAGGACGGCUGUCAGUUGCGCGUGAACGAGCGUAUACACGGAGGCCAGCUGCUGAACGUACCUAGCUCCGCCCCCGUGGAAGGAGCUCCGCCCCCACACAACCCCCGCAGACGCGAUUAGUCACCUGACCCCGUCGCCCCCCUCCUGAGACGUCCACACAGAGGCCUUGAAAACGGGACAUCCUCUGCCUGUUUCGCACCCCAUGACUUGAAAUCCCUUACUGCUGGCCAUCGUAAAGUAACUGUAGUCUUAUUUUGUUUUGAAACCGGGGAUCUUGUAGUUUGCGCUAUCUUUGCUCUAGGAGCUUCAAUACCGCAACAAAAUCUUUGCUGCUGCAGUCAGGUGUGAACUUCUGUCGCCUACUCAACGACAACACAUAAACCUUCAUCUUUUCCAUCUUUGAUUGUAAAACUUUUACUUUAAUAGAUUUUUCCAUGUUUGUCACUUUGUCAAUGUAAGAUUUUUUUCCCCCUCCCCAUUUUAAUUUGAAAUGAAACAGACAUUUUUGUCAUUGUAUCGGUCAGUGCAUCCGUCAGUGUAUCAUCUAAUGGUGUGAUAAACGAGGAAGUGUCUGCUGUGUCUUAACAUUGUCUUUGUUGGAUUCAUCCAGCAGUUUUAUUUGCACAAGCGUACACACAGAAUGAGCUGUCUUAAAUGAUAUAUUUUGUGUACCUAACGUGAAUAAA